CUUUCUCGAACGUCCGACUUUCUUCCUCUCCUCCUUACCCUUAUCUCUCUCUUUGCUCUGUAAAUUCUCUCAUGGCGACGGUUCUCAGAACUCCAUUUUUUCAGGCAACUCCUCCGGCAACUGUAUCCACAAUUUCUUCAUCCAAAUCCACCCUAAAACCCUUAUCUGUAUCCUUUAGAACCUCUCACUCUACCAUUUGUUGCAUCAAUUCCUCCAAGUUUUCACUUCGUCCUCGUUCUAUCCGGUUCCCGAAGCUCGCCUCGUUUUCUUCCUCCGGUGAAACGGAAAUUAGCGAGGUCGAAGAGGAAGUUCGUGAAUCUGAGGCUGAGGACUCUUCUGUUAGUUAUACUGGUGUGGAAGAUGCUGCAAGUGAUAGUGAUAUAAAUGAUGAUGCAGAAGUUAAUGCUGAGGAUGUAGCUCAGUCAGUUAUUAUAUCAGCACUUCAAUCCUAUAAGCAGGCUUUAGCAGAUAACAAUGGAGCUCAAAUAGUUGAAAUAGAGUCAUAUCUGAAGUCUAUCGAAGAUGACAAGUUCGCAGUUGAAAAGAAGUUGGAAUCCCUAACCGAAGAACUCUCUGCAGAGAAGGUUCGAAUUUUGAGGAUCAGUGCCGACUUCGAUAAUUUUAGGAAGAGAACAGAGAGAGAACGUCUUUCAUUGGUGAAAAAUGCUCAAGGGGAAGUGGUAGAGACGUUAUUGGGUGUCCUGGAUAAUUUUGAGAGAGCUAGGGCACAGAUCAAAGUGGAGACAGAGGGAGAAGAAAAGAUCAAUCAGAGUUACCAGAGCAUCUAUAAGCAGUUCAAUGAGAUUUUGGGCUCAUUGGGUGUAGUUCCUGUUGAGACAAUUGGGAAACAUUUUGACCCAUUGCUUCAUGAAGCAAUUAUGAGGGAGGACUCCACAGAGUUUGAGGAAGGCAUCAUACUCGACGAGUUCCGCAAAGGAUUCUUGCUUGGUGAGAGACUCCUGCGUCCAUCAAUGGUGAAAGUAUCAGCCGGUCCAGGGCCUGAAAAGUCGGAUGAAGCAGCAGCAUCAGAAGAACAUGAUUCGAGUGAAAACUCGGAGGGCUCCGAAUCGGAGUCUUCUUAAAAACUCGAAUGAACACAGUCCAAUUUUGAAUAUAGUUUUUGAAUCUUCUUUGUGGGUGAUAAGAGAUUGGAGAUGGAGUUUAUUGUUGUUCUUGGUUGUCAGGCUUUUGCAGGCGGAGAAUUUAGAUAUUUGUUCUCAGGGGAAGGAAGUGUUAGUGGAAUGUUGUACUUGAUUUAGAUAUUACUAUAACUUGUAGAAAUGGUUGAAUGUGCCUUGAUGUCUGAGGUCUCCUCUGUAGGACCAUAUUUAUUUGAAGGAAAUUGAAAUCACUCUCUCUUUCAUUGUUA